AUAAGAUGCCUUGCAGGAGUUUCUACCCGGAUGCUUGAGAUCCUGUAGAUGCAAUCGGUGACCCUGGGAGUGGAACGGAGUGUGCAGGCUGAGCGCUGAGAAGAGGCAGCCUGGGGCAAGGCUGCUCCAGCCUCCUGGAUUCCAGGAGUGGAUUGUAAAUCCACCAGGACAAUGAGUGAAGAGCCUGUCCCCGAGGCCGCCUCCCCGCCGUCCGCGCAGGGGCAGCAGUACUUCGAUCGUUUCUCCGAGGACGACCCCGAGUACCUGCGCCUUCGCAACCGUGCAGCGGACCUGCGGCAGGACUUCAACCUGAUGGAGAAGAAGAAGCGUGUCACCAUGAUCCUGCAGAGCCCGUCUUUCAGGGAGGAGCUGGAAGGCCUCAUCCAGGAGCAGAUGAAGAAGGAGAACAACUCCUCCAACAUCUGGGCCCUGCGGCAGAUCGCGGACUUCAUGGCCAGCACCUCCCACGCAGUCUUCCCAACAUCUUCCAUGAACUUCUCCAUGAUGACGCCCAUCAAUGACCUUCACACAGCCGAUUCCUUGAACCUGGCCAAGGGGGAGCGGCUCAUGCGGUGUAAGAUCAGCAGUGUCUACCGCCUCCUGGACCUGUAUGGCUGGGCCCAGCUGAGUGACACCUACGUCACGUUGAGGGUCAGCAAGGAGCAGGACCACUUCCUGAUCAGCCCUAAGGGAGUUUCGUGCAACGAAGUCACAGCAUCCAGCCUGAUCAAGGUGAACAUCCUGGGAGAGGUGGUGGAGAAGGGCAGCAGCUGCUUCCCAGUGGACACCACGGGCUUCUGCCUGCACUCGGCCAUCUACGCUGCCAGACCCGACGUGCGCUGUGUCAUCCACCUGCAUACUCCGGCCACGGCGGCGGUGUCAGCCAUGAAGUGGGGCCUCCUGCCUGUGUCCCACAACGCCCUGCUGGUGGGGGACAUGGCCUAUUAUGACUUCAACGGCGAGAUGGAGCAGGAAGCCGAUCGGAUCAACCUGCAGAAGUGCCUUGGACCCACCUGCAAGAUCCUGGUGCUAAGAAACCAUGGAGUGGUUGCUCUGGGGGACACCGUAGAGGAGGCGUUUUAUAAGAUCUUCCACCUGCAGGCUGCGUGUGAGAUACAGGUGUCUGCUCUGUCCAGCGCGGGGGGCGUGGAGAACCUCAUCCUCCUGGAGCAGGAGAAGCACCGGCCUCACGAGGUGGGCUCCGUGCAGUGGGCGGGGAGCACCUUCGGGCCCAUGCAGAAGAGCCGGCUGGGGGAGCACGAGUUCGAGGCCCUCAUGAGGAUGCUGGACAAUCUGGGUUACAGAACAGGCUACACCUACCGCUACCCCUUUGUUCAAGAGAAAACCAAACACAAAAGUGAGGUGGAGAUUCCAGCCACGGUCACAGCCUUCGUGUUUGAGGAGGACGGCACCCCGGUGCCUGCCCUGAGGCAACACGCCCAGAAGCAGCAGAAGGAGAAGACCCGCUGGCUCAACACGCCCAACACCUACCUGCGGGUCAACGUGGCCGACGAGGUCCAGAGGAGCAUGGGUAGCCCCCGGCCAAAGACCACGUGGAUGAAGGCUGACGAGGUGGAGAAAUCCAGCAGUGGCAUGCCCAUACGGAUCGAAAACCCAAACCAAUUUGUGCCUCUGUAUACUGACCCCCAAGAAGUGCUGGACAUGCGCAACAAGAUUCGAGAACAAAACCGACAGGAUGUGAAGUCGGCGGGGCCUCAGUCCCAGCUGCUGGCGAGUGUCAUCGCUGAGAAGAGCCGAAGCCCGUCCACAGAGAGCCAGCUGAUGUCCCGGGGCCAGGCGGAUACCAAAGACGAGGCCGAGGAGAUAGCGCCCAACCCCUUUAGCCAACUCACGGAUCAGGAGCUGGAAGAGUACAAGAAAGAGGUGGAGAGGAAGAAGCUAGAACUCGAUGGAGAGAAAGAACCUGCCCCUGAGGAGCCUGGCUCACCUGUAAAGUCUGCACCUGCUUCUCCAGCUCAGAGCCCAGCCAAGUCAGAGACGAAGAGCCCCGUGGGCUCUCCCUCCAAGUCUGUGGACGAAGAUGCUCAGAAGACGGAAACAAGCAAAGCCACCACAGAGCCGGAAAAGACGCAGCCAGAAGGAGUGGUGGUCAACGGCAGGGAGGAUGAGCAGACGGCAGAGGACAUCCUCAGCAAAGGCCUCAGCCAGAUGACCACCAGCGCCGACACGGAUGUCGAUACCUCGAAAGACAAAACAGAGUCAGUCACCAGCGGUCCCAUGUCCCCAGAGGGCUCGCCUUCCAAGUCUCCCUCAAAGAAGAAGAAGAAAUUCCGCACCCCGUCCUUCCUGAAGAAAAGCAAAAAGAAGGAGAAAGUGGAGUCCUGAUUCGCAGCCCCCUGGGGCUCCCAUCUGCGUCCUCCCUCCCCUCCCUCGCCGU